UUUCAAAACAACAUGGUUAAGUAUUGGUUAUAUAUUCCUUUCCAUCUUCAUUAAUCCCAUUCUCAGUCCACACUUCUUCCACUCCUUAUCUCCAGAAACCACUGUAAUUCGUCAAUUUAAUAACCCAGUCAUCCGAAAUGGAACCCAACCGACAGAGAGUAUUCUCCAGAACCAAACGGAAAUCUGACUUAAUUGCCAUUCUUCGUAAAUCAUGGUACCAUUUAAGGUUGUCGGUGCGCCACCCAGCUAGGGUUCCCACAUGGGACGCCAUUGUUUUGACGGCCGCUAGCCCCGAACAAGCCCGACUCUACGACUGGCAGCUCAAACGGGCCAAGCGAAUGGAUCGGAUUGCUCCCUCCACCAUCACCCUCGCCGUUCCCGAUCCCGACGGUCAACGGAUCGGAUCUGGGGCUGCCACGCUCAACGCCAUUCACGCACUCGCUCAAUAUAUGGACCAAGCUAUCAACGGUGGGAGUUGUGGAGAUAAUGUUGUUAGUUUGAUGGGUAAAAAGCAUAUUUUGUUGCUUCAUGCUGGCGGGGAUUCUAAAAGGGUUCCGUGGGCGAAUCCGAUGGGUAAAGUCUUUUUGCCACUCCCUUUCUUGGCUGCUGAUAACCCUGACGGUCCCGUUCCGUUGCUGUUCGAUCAUAUUCUUGCAAUUGCUUCUUGUGCACGGCAAGCUUUCAAAAAUGAAGGUGGAAUAUUUACUAUGACUGGAGAUGUGCUCCCAUGUUUUGAUGCCUCCUCCACUUUGAUUCUUUCACCUGAUGCGUCCACCAUUAUUACUGUGCCUAUAACUCUUGAUAUAGCUUCUAACCAUGGAGUCAUUGUGGCAUCUAAAACUGAGAUUCUUGAGGAAAGUUACACGGUCAGUUUAGUUGACAACCUCCUUCAGAAGCCUAGUGUAGAUGAGCUUGUUAAGAAUCAGGCGAUCUUGGAUGACGGUAGAGCAUUGCUCGACACCGGAAUUAUAGCUGUUAGAGGCAAUGCAUGGGUGGAGCUUGUCAAGCUUGCUUGUUCUUGCCAACCAUUGAUUUCCGAGCUUCUGAAAAGCAAAAAAGAGAUGAGUUUGUAUGAAGAUCUUGUGGCAGCCUGGGUACCUAGAAAGCAUGAGUGGUUAAGGCAUCGCCCCUUGGGUGAAGCAUUGGUUGGCAAACUGGGAAAACAAAGGAUGUUCAGCUAUUGUGCAUAUGAUUUGUUGUUUUUACAUUUUGGAACUUCAAGCGAAGUUUUGGAUCACCUUAAUGCAUCCGAUUCAGCACUUGUAGGUCGAAGACACUUGUGUUCUAUUCCGGCAACCACUGUGUCAGACAUUGCUGCAUCUGCUGUUGUUCUUUCUUGCAAAAUUGACGAUGGCGUCUCAAUCGGUGAAGAUUCUCUAAUAUACGACUCAAACAUUUCCGGUGGAAUCCAGAUUGGUUCCCUGUCUAUAGUUGUUGGUCUUCAUGUUCCAAAGGACAGUGAUAAUAAGGUAGAUAGUUUAGUGAAGUUCAUGCUUCCUGACCGCCAUUGUCUUUGGGAAGUUCCUUUGGUAGGACGUACUGAAACAGUGAUUGUGUUUUGCGGCAUCCAUGAUAACCCGAAAAAUCCUCUUACCAAGGAUGGUACAUUUUGUGGUAAACCUUGGGAUCAAGUCAUGCAUGAUUUAGGAAUCGAGGAAAACGAUCUAUGGAGCCCGAGUGACAGUCAGGAUAAGUGCUUGUGGAAUGCAAAGUUAUUUCCCAUUCUUUCUUACUUUGAGAUGCUUAGCAUGGCAAUGUGGUUGAUGGGCUUGAGCGAUGGAAGAAACCAAUACUUUAUUUCCUUGUGGAGAAAAUCGCCACGAGUCAGUUUCGACGAGUUGCAUAGAUCAAUCGACUUCUCCAAAAUGUGCACUGGAUCAAGUAUUCAUCAAGCAGAUCUUGCAGCUGGAAUUGCGAAGGCUUGCGUUAACUAUGGCAUGCUAGGGCGCAAUUUAUCUCAGUUGUGUGAAGAAAUUCUAGAAAAUGAGAUUUCCGGAGUCGAAAUAUGCAAGGACUUCCUAGCUCUCUGUCCCAAAUUUAUUGACAAGAAUUCUAAGAUUCUUCCGAAAAGCCGGGCAUAUCAGGUACAAGUUGAUCUUCUCCGAGCAUGUGGAGAGGAAACAAAAGCUUGUCACUCAGAGCACAAAGUAUGGGCUGCAGUUGCUGACGAAACUGCUUCAGCCGUCAGAUACGGUUUUGGAGAACAAUUGUUGGAGUCAAGUGGGAGCAAGUCUACUAAGGCCUUCGGGAACAAUAACCAUGUUGGCUCCAUGGGUCAGCUUUUUUGUCCAAAAACAAUCAAAGUUGAGUUACCGGUUCGAGUAGAUUUUGUUGGUGGCUGGAGCGAUACACCUCCUUGGAGCUUAGAGCGUGCUGGUUGUGUUCUUAAUAUGGCAGUGAGCUUGGAAGGUUCUCGUCCAAUUGGCACUGUCUUAGAAACAACAAAUUCGAGCGGAGUCUUGAUUACUGAUGAUUCUGGAAAUGAGUUACAUAUUAAAGAGCUUACUUCAAUCACUCCUCCCUUUGAUGAAAAUGAUCCUUUUAGGCUUGUGAAAUCUGCUCUGCUGGUGACUGGAAUUAUUCGUGAAAACAUUCUAGUAUCGAAUGGCUUGAAAAUAAGGACAUGGGCUAACGUACCUCGGGGCAGUGGUUUGGGAACAUCUAGCAUCUUAGCAGCCGCUGUUGUGAAAGGACUUCUCCAAAUCAUCAGCGGUGAUGAUAGCAACGAAAAUGUUGCCAGACUCGUUUUGGUACUAGAACAGCUCAUGGGGACAGGCGGUGGCUGGCAGGAUCAGAUAGGGGGUUUAUAUCCCGGAAUCAAAUUCACUACGAGUUACCCUGGAAUACCAUUGCGACUCCAAGUCUUCCCUCUUGUGCCAUCCCCUCAAUUGAUUUUGGAAUUGCAGCAGCGGUUGCUUGUGGUGUUUACCGGUCAAGUUCGAUUAGCACAUCAAGUCCUACAAAAGGUAGUCCUUCGGUAUCUUCAACGGGACAACCUUCUCAUAUCCAGCAUCAAGCGGCUCAGUGAAUUAGCCAAGAUCGGGAGGGAAGCUUUGAUGAACUGUGACGUCAAUAAACUAGGGGAGAUCAUGUCGGAGGCUUGGAGGUUACAUCAAGAACUCGAUCCUUACUGCAGCAACGAAUACGUCGAUAAACUGUUUGCAUUCGCCGACCCCUACUGCUCAGGCUACAAGCUUGUGGGAGCAGGUGGAGGGGGAUUUGCAUUAUUACUUGCCAAAAAUGCCACAUGCGCCAACGAAUUAAGAAGCUUGUUGGGGAAAACCCCAGAAUUUGAUUCAGUAAUCUACAAUUGGAGCGUCUACGAAUCAUAGACAAUAGAGUUUAUAGUAUCAAUUAAGGUUGAGGAUAGUUCAUUGUUGUAUAGUAUUAUGAAGUACUAUUCUUUUACAUUUGUGAAAUAAGGACCGAUACCGAUGAGGUCCACUUGAGUUGGA